AGUUAGUCUGUUUUUUAUUCUUGGCCGGCAUGGAGCGUUGACGCUUUAUGCCGCAAGAAAAGCCAACAACGCAUCGCAAAGUUCGCUUUACCCCUCGCGUGCUCCACCGCACCGCUGCUCCUCACUAAGUGUUGUCGCAAUCGUAGCCGUUUUUAGACGCGUCGCGACUCGCGCGUAUUCUGCGUCAGCGUCGCCGCUGGCAGCGACGUCAGCGUCAACGUCCGCUUCCCAUUGUCGCUGUCGAAUUUGAUUGUUGUUCUUUGCGGUGACUGUGCGUGUGUGUGUGUGUGUAGAAUACUGUGAGCAUCUGAGACGAUCGCAACUUGUGCGAGUGUUUAUCUAUUUAAUAAAGCUGACGCCGCCUUGGACUGUGACGUCACACACGCUUGGAAUUAAGAUUUCAGUCCUAAGAAUUUACUUACCACACCUUACUCGAAACUUUAACUCCCUCGCCUUUUACAAGCGUAGCGUAUUUAAUUGUGCAAUUAGCAAAAGAGCAACAAAAUGUGGGCGACGCUCGUGGGGAUCAUUGCCGCCAUUAGCGUAGUAGGAACAGUUGUUGGUGUGACAGAAACAACAACAACAGCGGGAACAACAGCGAAGACACCAACCAACACCAGCUCAACUGUUCCUGCCAAAUACCCUUGCGCCUUUUCGGACACUGUGAACGUAACGGACUCGCAGCGUCUUCAAGAUGGCUCCUAUGCCCAUGAAGGCAUCGUGAUACCCGCUCACCUGGUUGCCAUCUACAAUUUCAAGGUGAUCGAUGGUGUCGAAUAUCGUGCCCCAAAGCAUGUGCGUGGUUGCAUUUGCCUCAUCAAACCCUGCAUCACCUUCUGCUGUCCCUUGGGAGAGCAUUUCAAUGCCAAGAGUGGGAACUGCACAGCUCCAUUGCAACCCAGACCAUCGAGCACACUCGUCGAGUUAACCGACUCCUCUGGGAACAUCAGUCACGUGAAGAUCAUCGAUCAAUUUGUGGUUCGCACUCAGCUGGGAUGUCGCAACAAGUUUGUGGACAAGAAGCACGAUUCCUUCUGGCAGUGGAAUCUCUUUGAGAAUGGCACUUUGUUGAGGGAUGAUCGAUUGUGGAGCACCGAUGAAUAUUGCUUCACUUCGUUGGAGCAUCAACCAGCUGCCUGGGAGUUGGUUCCCCUCAACUGUGAGCGUUUUCAACGUGGCUAUCGCGUUUGGAUUUAUGCCAUCUGCAGCAUUAUUGCUAUACUGAUCAACAUUUUUAUACUCUCGCUGCUGGGUUGCAUUAAUACAGCAAGGAAAAGUCACUAUGGCCAGCUGAUUAUCUACUAUCUGCUUUCGGUGAUUGCGGGUUAUUCGCUUUUAGUCUACUUAACUUUAAAGAAUCCCGUGAAAUUAUCCCAUGAAGCGUGUCGCAAUAUUGGUUUCUUGGCCUACUUCUUCAUCAUGUUGUCCUUUGUCUACUUGGCCAUCUGCAGCUUUGAUUUCAUGCUCAAGUUCCGCAAGAAAUCAAUGCGCAAUUGGGUUCGCGCUUUGAUCUACUUUUUAGCCAUAGUCUUCGUGAUUAUUCUUAGGUUUGCAGUGUCCUUUGCACAGGACUCUAAUUUACCAAAGCAUUUUAAACCCGGUAUUGGUGAGGAUUAUUGCUGGUUCGAUGUGCGUCUCUGGGGCAUAUUGAUCUAUUAUUAUGUGCCCAUUUUGCUGCUGCUGAUCUUCAGUCUAUACUGCUGUUUCCAGACGUACUCUGCGACCUUCGAGUUGGACCCUGACACACUAUAUCUUGAGGGAGUCCAACUGCGCAUCAUGAAAAUUCAUUUCUACGCCUUCACUGGUUAUUUGGUUGGCGUCUUUGCCGUUUGGUUGCGUGAGAUGAUCGUCUAUAUCUUGGCUCGAGUCAGGGAACAUUUCUUCAUCAUCGAUUUCUGGAGUGGCAUUUGCAUUCUGGUUCUGGCCAUAGCUGGCUUUAUACUGCUGCUGGGCAAGAAUAUGCACGUCAAGACUUGGUGGUCCAUCAAUGUCGAAUCCAGUCAAACCGAUUUGAGCAUUAUAAAUGCGCGUGUUUACAAAUUCGACGAGAAGGGCGAUCUGAAGAAUCCAGAUUCGCCUUAUCGACCGACGGUGACAUCACUUUAAAAUGACACACA